UUUAAUCCAACCACAAUGUUUUGGCCCACCCACUUUAUCAUCAUCAUCUUUCUCAACAGCCCAACUCUUUAUAUAUAAUGUCACACCACCUCCAUUUGAUUAGUUUUACUUCAAACAAACACUCUUUAAUUCAAGAACUUCAUCUGGGGUGCCUUGAUUUGAGGUUUUGGUUGUGGGUUUUUGUUGAAUUUAUGUGUAGUUUGGAUCAUAAUCACAAAGAAGGUUAUUUGUGCUUGAAAGUUUUAGCUUUGGUGUAAGUUCUUGAUUGGAGGUUUAUGAAGCUAUGGGCUUUUGUUGUUUUGGUGCAUUUGAAUCAAGUAAAGAGAAGAGCAGAGAGCAAGAAGAAGAAAUUGGUACCAGCAACGUGAAGCUUUUUUCCUACAAUUCAUUGAGAUCAGCAACAAGUCUUUUUCAUCCAUCAAACAAAGUAGGUGGAGGUGGUUUUGGAGUUGUCUAUAGGGGAAUUUUGAGAGAUGGCACUCGUGCUGCUAUCAAGAUACUCUCUUCCGAUUCAAAACAAGGGACCAAAGAGUUUUUGACUGAGAUAAAUAUGAUAUCAACUGUCAGACAUCCUAACCUUGUUCAACUGAUUGGUUGUUGUGUUGAGGACAAAAAUCGGAUCUUGUUGUAUGAAUAUCUGGAGAACAAUAGCCUUUCUAGCGUUUUACUGCGUCCAAAAGGUAAAGGAGUUCACCUGGACUGGCCUAAGAGGGUUACUAUUUGCAUGGGUACAGCUUCUGGUCUUGCAUUUCUUCAUGAAGAAGCUAACCCGCAAAUUGUUCACCGAGAUAUAAAAGCCAGCAAUAUACUUCUGGACGAAAAUUUUCACCCUAAAAUAGGAGAUUUUGGGUUGGCAAAACUUUUCCCUGACAAUGUCACCCAUAUCAGCACUCGAGUGGCUGGAACAGUGGGAUAUCUGGCUCCUGAAUACGCCAUGUUAGGUCAACUCACAAAGAAGGCAGAUGUAUAUAGUUUUGGUGUACUUAUACUAGAAAUUGUUAGUGGCAAAAGUAGUAGCAUGGCAGCAUUUGGGGAGGAUCUCUUGGUUCUUGUGGAAUGGGCAUGGCAGCUUAAAGAAGAAGAAAGACUUCUAGAUUUAGUAGACCCUGAACUGACAGAGUAUCCGGCAGCUGAGAUGUUGAGGUUCAUCAAGGUAGCACUCUUUUGUACUCAAGCAGCUUCGAACCACAGGCCUUCCAUGAAGCAAGUACUGGAUAUGCUUUCAAAAGAUGUUAACCUUAACGAGAAAUUAUUAACGGAAGCUGGUGUAUACAGGCGUUACACCUCACAACAUACAGGUGGUAAAGAAACUAGAGGCAACAAGCAGAGUAAUCCUUCUGUAAGCUCAAACCAUUUAGACAGCUUUCAGAGCGUAACAACUAUACUUCCAAGAUGAAAUAUAUACAUAUACCACACAUCUUCAGUUUGUGUUAAAAACAUAUAUUUGUGAAACAAAGGUUUGCUGUGUUUAACAAGUAUUUCCUGUGUUUACAUUCACCCGAAAGCUCGGCUCAUACCGCAGUAUGCU